AUGAUUCAAAGCGGCCAAAGACUUGCCGAAAAUUUGAACAAUAUGGUUGUGCUUAUGCUGAAUAUGUCACAAAAUUCCGCAGAGAGCCAGCGCAAAACUCGAGAAGAAACCAUUCGCAAUGCCCUUGAAUUAAUGAAGCGUUUGUAUAAUAUCAACCAAACCUUGCAACAGCCCAUCUCCUAUGGUACUUUUUGUAUACCAGAGAUCAAGGAGAAGGUCAAUUUGGACGCAGCUUUUUACAACUGGAUUCCACACAAUCAAAGUGGUGGUUUGCGGUUUUUCUCGUUUUGUGAUUAUCCGUUCGUUUUCGAUGCCCCAACCAAAGCACGCAUGCUCAGUCUCGAGGCCCGUAUGUCCAUGCAAGCCGCGACUAAUCGAGCUCAGGAAAAUACCCUGAUGAACUACUUUAUGUCCCCGUUCCUAGACGUGAUGUCUGCGGACAGUCCAUUCCUCAAGUUGACUGUGCGUCGAGACAAACUUAUUCAAGACACCCUCGCCUGUCUGACUAUUGCCAAGCCGAGUGACUUACGAAAAUUGCUCAAGGUGGAAUUUGACGGUGAAGAAGCUGUUGACGAAGGAGGAGUAUUGAAAGAAUUCUUCCUUCUAAUCAUGCGCGACCUUUUGAGUCCCAUUUAUGGCAUGUUUCGGUGUUAUCCGGAAUCCCGUAUGCUCUGGUUUAACGAAUUGACCAUGGAGUCCGCUAGCGUGUUUCAACUGAUCGGUAUCCUAUGUGGGCUAGCUAUUUACAAUUCGGUCAUUGUCGAUCUGAGCUUUCCGUUGGCCUUAUUUCGCAAGUUGUUAGGAGAGAAACCAGAACUGGAUGACUUGAAAGAACUGGAUCCCGUAGUCGGUCGUUCUUUGCAGCAGCUGUUGGACUAUGAAGGUGCUGAUUUUGUUGAUGUUUUCUGCCUAACGUUCUCGUUGGAUAUCGAUUUCUUCGGUGAGAAUCGUUGUAUUGAACUGAUUGAGAAUGGUUCAAACAUCUCGGUCACCCAGGAAAACAAAUCACUCUAUGUGGAGAAAUAUGUGGACUACGUGUUCAGUCGUUCUUGUGAAGGUCCAUACAAAGCAUUUGAAGGUGGAUUUAUGCAAGUUUGUGCCGGUUAUGUGCUUCACUUCUUCCGGCCCAUGGAAUUACAGUCACUGGUGGUUGGUCUGGAGGUGAUCAACUGGAAUGAGCUCAGAGAAAAUACCUCUUAUCAGGGUGUCUACUGGGAUCAUCAUCCGGUGAUUGAGUGGUUCUGGGACGUGCUACUGAUCGAGUUUAGUGUCGAAGAUAAGAAGAAAUUUCUUCGAUUCCUUACCGGAUGUGAUCGCGUACCGAUUGUUGGGUUUAGCAGUCUGAAGAUCACCAUCCAACCAAAUAACAGUGGAGACGACUAUCUGCCCGUGGCGCAUACAUGUGCAAACUUGCUUGAUCUCCCACUGUAUAGUUCGAAAGAAGUCCUGGCUCAAAAGCUAUCUCUGGCUGUUCAACAAACCGAGGGUUUCGGUUUGGUCUAA